UUUUGAUGGAACUGUUGCUUGUCUGAACUAUAUAGCUGCACACAGAACUCGAAUCAAUGUAGUAUAUUGUCUUUGUUCUUGAGAGACAAUCACUUGAACUAUAUGGACACAGUAUGAGCCCUCCGUUACCACCAAUGUUGCUUGAGUUAGAGCAGACGUAGCUACUGCUACCUGAGCAAUAACCAGAUGUCUGAUAAGAGUAGCAUCAAUCUCCAUAGUAUUGAGUAGUCCCAGUUGAGGAACACCAUCUUUGUGAAGAGCUCUUGACUCAGGCUCUGCAGGUUGAGCGACUUGAAGUGGACAAGUCUCUAUCUAGAUUCACCUCUGUGGCAUAGCUUAAUGCCAACAUUGCUAUUAUAAUCAGGAACAUCUAUAACUAAUUAUUUCAAAAAUUUC